AUGGGGGAGGGUGAGGGGAGCGAAUUCCCUCCAAAAAAGGCUCCGCCGCUUGCUAGGCAGCUCGAUUUCACUCAGGGCAGCGGCGGUGGGGUGGUUCUUCCUGACCAUCCGCAAUCGGCAACGCCGCAGCAACAGCAGAAGCCGCCGGUUGCUGCGGCUGCUGUUGCUGGUCCGCCUCCGCCUCAGAAGCCGACGACGGCGGCGGCGGCUGUGCAGCCGAUUGCGAAACCGCCGGUCCCUAUGGCUGUUACUCAGAGCCAGCAGCCGCAUCUCGUUGCUGCGGUGGCGACCAUCCCUGCUGUGCCUCAGCCGCCAACUCAGCAGCAGCAGCAGCAACAGGGUGUUCCAGCUGCGAAGGCUGUAAAACCUGAUUCCCCAAAAUCAAGAGCAAGACCAGCUGCAGAGAAAGAUGGUACACCAAAGAAGCAGAAACAGUGUAACUGUAAGCACUCACGGUGCUUGAAGCUGUACUGUGAGUGCUUUGCUUCUGGAACAUAUUGUGAUGGGUGCAAUUGUGUAAACUGCUGUAACAAUGUCGAAAAUGAAGCGGCCAGGCGAGAAGCAGUUGAAACAACUUUGGAGCGUAACCCAAAUGCAUUCAGGCCAAAAAUUGCUAGCAGCCCACGUACAGCACAAGAUAUCCGGGAGGAAAACGGAGAAUUAGUAGUGUUGGGAAAGCACAACAAGGGAUGCCAUUGCAAAAAGUCGGGAUGCCUCAAGAAGUACUGUGAAUGCUUCCAGGCAAACAUCCUCUGUUCUGAAAAUUGCAAGUGCAUGGACUGCAAGAAUUUCGAAGGAAGUGAGGAACGUCAGGCUCUCUUUCACAGCGACAAUGCCAACAACAUUAACAUGCAGCAGGCAAAUGCUGCUAUAACAGGAGCAAUUGGUGCAUCUGGAUUCGGAUCUGGGUUUACAUCUCUUCCAUUGUCUAAAAAGAGAAAAGGUCAGGAAUUAUUUUUUGGCCAAACAGGCAGGGAGCCGUCCUUUCACAGGCCAGGACAUACUCAGCAGGGUAACCUGAUCCGGGCUCCUGCACCCUCUUCAAACCAUGUAGUUCGUGGUGGCAUCACAGCUGCGCAUACCCCUUCCAAAGUCACAUACAGGUCCCUGUUAGCUGACAUUAUCCAACCCCAGGAUAUUAAAGCACUUUGUUCUGUAUUGGUGGUUUUAUCUGGAGAAGCUGCUAAAAGCAUUGCAGAGCAAAUAAGCGAGCAAGAAAAGCAGGUGCAAGGCCAGGUUGAAGCUUCUCUUGCAGCAUCAAGUCAAGAAAAGCAGAACCCGAGAGAAACAGAUGCCGAGAAAAGCGUUGCUGAUGAUGGUUACCCCAGUGCUAAUCCGGUUGAUAAUUCAGGUCCUGAUAAUGGUUCCAUGUCAGACGGCGGGGAUGCUUCGAAGUCGAGGCCAAUGUCACCCGGAACUUUAGCUCUAAUGUGCGAUGAGCAAGACACUAUGUUCAUGGCAGCUUCAUCACCCAAUGGCUUGACUGGCCAUGGUGGGAUCACAGCAUUGCAGUUGCCUGACAAUGGACAAGGUGCGACAACAGAAACUUAUGUGGAGCAGGAAAGAGUCAUACUGACAAAGUUCCGAGAUUGUCUACAAAACCUCAUCAUGUUAGGAGAGGAGAAAGAAAUAGUGUGUUCAUCGAUAGCCAGAUCGGAGUCCAUGGAUCCGAGAUACUUGCUCAGCAAUGGCACAGCGACGAUGGCGACUAAUCAAGCUGUGGCAGGAGGUAUUCAACACGGCGGUACUGGCGGGCCCUUCAGCAAUGGGGUAGCGCAAAAUGUCAUCGUCCCACAGGCAGCAGCCAGAGCACCUCAAACGGUUGCUUCUACAAUCGCCACAAUCGCCACAUCAAUCGAUCUUCCGAAGAGUACUACACCCCCACAAAACACUGAUGGAAAGCCAAAGUCAUGA